GUGCCGGGAGUAUGGAGGAGGAAGGGGAGGCGCAGGGCAGAGCUGUGCCUGGUGGGAGACUGAAUAUGAGCCACGGCUUCGUUCACCAUAUCCGGCGGAAUCAGCUCGCCAGGGAUGAUUAUGACCGUGAAGUGAAGCAAGCCAAAGAGAAACAGAAGAAAAGGUAUACGCCAGGGCCUACUCGCCAAAAGAAGCCCGACCUGCAGGUCUAUCAUCCCCGCCAGAGAGAAAAAGCACAUACAACAGAAACCUUAAAGGAUGAACCUAAUGACAAUGGAACGCAGCUUUUUUGCCUCGAUUUUGAAGCUGAUGGAGGAGAGGUCACUUCUAUUAUUGUGUAUGAGGAUGAUGAUGCAGAGCAGCUGGCCACCAUGAUCUCCAAUCAGAACCAGCUAGAGGGUGACAUGCGAGAGGCACUGAAACAGCGGAUCCAAGAGGAAAUCUCGAAGAGGAGAGUCCAACGCUGACUUCAUUCCCAUAAUGGAGAGCGUUUAUGUCCAGGCCAGACUGCUGCGUAUAUCCGUCUUCUGCGGAAUGCCAACUGCUUUCUGGUUUCAUCCGUCGGAAGUGAGCUGCGUGUAGAGGAAGUGUGUGUUUCUAGUGGAGGAUGAAGUAUGGAGUGAGGAGAGUAAAUGUUCUACCGUCAUUUUAUCCCGGGACCUUUUGUUGUUUGCAGUAUGAGAUCUCAUAGAGAAUAUUGCUGGGAUUGGCAUGGGUUCUGACUGUGUGUAUUAUUGGGAAAGUAUCCGUAGAUCAGCAAUACACCACACUCCCCCCUACAGACUUCUGGUGUUGGGACAGCAAAUGCUACUGAAUGUGUGAGGAAUAGACAAAUAUGCCCAGCUGUUUUACAGAGAAAAACAAUGUUGAUUACAAAUGGAAGGAGAGAUUGUGCUUUUCAUAUUGUCUCAUAUGGAAAUGAAGGGGGGUAACAAUGGCGCAGCCUGAAAGCUAGGGGAUUAAGUAACAUGACUAAAUCAAGCUUGACAGUGUCUUAACAGUCAUAUGAUAGAGCACUUGUCAUUUCUAACCAGAAGUAAUUUAUUAUAUUGUAAAGUACUUUGUAUAGAAUAAACCAGCAACAAAGCAAUGUAAGAUAAUGCAACCUCCAAUCAGAUCCUUCCUCCAAUGUGAUUUUUCUAAAUUUGUUGUUUAAUGAAUAAAAGAAUACAACUGGAA